AUGAUGGUAAUACGUGUAUUGUCAUUUUUAAUAUGGUGUAUUCCAGUGAAUACUCGUUAUUCACUCCAUUAUUCUGAUAUUCGUCAAGGUUCUUAUCCAACAUUUGAUUGUUUAUAUGCUCAUUUAAUCGAUGGUGGCAAAGAAAAUGGUGGACAAUACAUACGUAAUUAUCAUUUAAUUCCGUACUGUAGGCGACCUGAUGAUAACGAAGAACAAGAUGAAAUUAUCUAUCCAGUCAAUGAAGGUACAGCAGAAAAAAUAAGUUUUCAUGAAUUAAAAAAACGGAAUGUAACAAGUGAACAACUCCUUCAAUGGUUUGCACCUAUUGAUAUUGCAGAAAAAUAUGAAAUGAAUGUAAAUGAUACAGAUGUUUUUUAUAAUUGUUCAUCACCUUGGUUUGGUUCUAUGUGUCAAUAUAAAUUUAAUUAUGAUUUAUCUGUUUCGAUUGAAGAUAUUAUUGAAGCUACUUUCAACGACGAUCAACACAGCACCCCAUAUAAUGUUACUAGCGGAACAUGUUAUCGAUUUUUAACUGGUUGUAAUCGUGGAUUAUGGCCAUUAUGUCUUGAUUGGCGUGAAAUUUGUGAUGGAAAAAUUGAUUGUAUGAAUGGAGAAGAUGAACAAUGGUGUGAUCAGUUAGAUAUUACUCAAUGCACCGACAAGGAAUAUCGAUGCCAUUAUGGUGGUCAAUGUAUUCCUUGGACAUUUAAAAAAGAUAGUAGACUUAGUAUGGAUUGUCUUGAUGGGAGUGAUGAGGAGGAAGAACUUUUUUCGAUACAGACUGGAUUGAUGAAUGGUCACUGUAGUUCUGUUUCGACAUUUCGUUGCCAAGAACGCGUUGGUCGAUAUCCAUGGUCUUUUCCAUGUGGUGAUGGUCAAUAUAUGCUUACUACUUAUAUACCCACUAAUUGGCCUAGUAGUUGUUCGAAUAAAAAAGAUAGAGAAUUGUCUCGGGUCAUACUUACUUCAAUGAAUCAUAUUUCAAAUAUCGAUUGCAGAAAAGCAUUCUACUGUGCACUUCAUUUCAAUCGAACGUUUGAAUACGGAAUUCCACCACUUAUUGAAGAUAUUUGGAAUGAAGAUUGUGAACCUUUAUCUAAACACUGUUUUUCUGAAUGGUUAGUGAUACCUGCACAUCCUAUUUUGUUUGGUAUCUUUCAAUUUGUUUAUUUUACUAAUCGUUCGGUUAAUGAAUUUAAAGAAACCAUUACACCUGAUUUUAUAUGCUUUAAUGCCCAAAGCUGUCCUGUACUAUUAGCAAAAAUAGUUUCUAUUGAAAUCAUUAAUGGAUUAACAUGCUGUCAUCCUUCGAAUCUAACAGAAGCUGCUGGAAUAAAAGACUUUAAGGAGAUAGUGAAUUCUUUCUCAUUCUAUCGUCACGAAUGCUUAGAAAAAGGUAUUGAGAAAUCAUGUACAAAUCCAUCAUAUUUUCAUUGCAAUGAAUCCAUGAAAUGUAUUCCAUACAAUCGCGUUGGUGAUGGUAAAUAUGAUUGUUUUUUUGGAGAAGACGAGUCAUUUAAUGCAUGCCAAUUGAACGAUUCAAAUCGAUUUCAAUGUGAAUCAGAUGCGCAUAAAUGUUUGUCGCCUGUUGCAGUUGGUAAUGGGAUUUGGGACUGUCCUUCACGCGACGAUGAGAUAUUUUCCUACACCCAAAAUUUAGUCAUUCUAGUACCGUUUCCAGAGCUAUGCAAUCAUCACAGAAAUGACAAAAUACAUGAUUCGCUUAAAGUCAAUGAAACCGAUGAAACUAAUUGCGAUUGGUGGCCAUGUGAUAAUCCAUACACACAUUGCGAUCUAGAAUGGAAUUGUCCAAAUGGUGCUGAUCAGCUCAAUUGUCCUAACGCAAAAUGUUCGUUCAAUGAACAUGAAUGCCGUAAUCAACAGUCCGAAUUUUCUUAUUGUAUACCGUUAGCCCAUAUUUAUGAUAAAUAUCUUGAUCCUUGUAACAAUACAGAUCUAAAUCGUGAAACUAACUUUUAUAAUGAAACGAGUCAUGUUGGUGACAAUUACUUUUCAUGGAAUGAUAGUAAAUGUAUUACCUUAGGCAAAAUCUGUCGCGUGGAUCAAGAUUUACAAACAUCACUAUAUGAAGAAGAAAUUUGUCUUUACCAAUCUUUAGAAAGCGGUUUGACGUAUCCAUCGUCUGUUAAACCUUUUCAAAACACAGAAGAUUUAUGUGAACUUCGAUUGCCACCAGUAUUUUUUCACAUUGAUCGUUUUUUCACAACUAGACGAUUGGGCUAUUAUCCACUAGUAUCAGCAAAUCUUUCUGAUCAAUCUAUUUUUAAAAUAAAUAAAAACAAAAAGAUUAUACAGCAUACAGAUUCCGAAUUGAUUUCGUAUUGUCAUCGAGGUAUAGCUGUACUACAUGGUAUUAAUGAAACGAAACAAUGUCUUUGUCCACCUAAUUAUUUCGGUGCUCGAUGUCAAUGGCAAAAUCAACGCAUUAGUUUGACGCUUCAAUUCCAAUAUCGUAGCACUGUAUUUACUACUAUGAUGUUUCAAGUAAUUGUUAUGCUCAUUGAUGAAAAUGGACAAAUCGCACCCAAUCAUGAGCAAAUUAAUUAUAUACCUGCUCGUGAUUGCGACACAAAAUUUAAUAUUUAUUUAGUUUAUCCACAUCGACCUAAAUCUUUGACCAUCAAUUAUUCAAUUCGUAUUGAUAUUUAUGAAAAAAACGAGUUAUCUCAUUGGGCUACUUGGUAUGUACCGAUCCCAUUUCAAUUUUUACCUGUUAAUAGAAUCGCUACUCAGUUAUUUAUUCCUGAGAUACAGAAAAUAGAACCAUGUUCUCUAUCAUGUGGAAAACAUGGUAAAUGCAUGCGCUACAUCAAUAAUGACUUAUUAUUCUUUUGCCAGUGUAGUGAAGGAUAUUCCGGUACUUAUUGUAAUAUUUCACAUGAAUGUAAUUGUGCAAAUGAUUCAUUUUGUCUUGACUCAUCGAUCUGCAUAUGUCCGUUACAUAGAUUUGGUUCGUAUUGUCAUCUAAAAUAUUCAAUUUGUCAACCGUCAAAUAGUCCAUGUCACCAUAAAGGACUUUGUAUACCAACUGAUGACCGCAUCGAUUUAACAGCAUUUACUUGUUUAUGUCCCGAAGAUUAUUCGGGUGAAAGAUGCGAGAAUAAAAACAAUCAAAUUGAUAUACGUUUAGAUGAGACCAUAACCUCCAUAACUUCAUUCGUACUUUUACAUUUCAUUACAGCAUUUGAAGAUACCGAACAUGAACGAAUAACUCUUUUAAAAAAGAUUCCAUUUGAUAAGGAAACUGUAACAAUUCAUGUAACACAACCAUUUCAUAUUCUCUUCGUUCAAAUACCUAAGCAGCAUUAUUAUCUAGCAGUACUUCGAGAAAAACUUAUAUUAUCUGAACAUGUUUUUACAGAAAUACAACCAAAACAACGUUGUUUAUCUAUCGAUGAACUUGUUAAUAGUACCUUUUCACUAUAUAAAUAUUUACAACGCGUAAAAUAUUAUCCACUUUUAUGUCGGCAACAUUUACAAUUGAUAUGUUUCUAUGAUAAAGAUCUUAUGUGUAUAUGUGAUCUUGAUCGAUUCUCUAAUUGUUUUAUAUUUAAUCAUACAAUGAAUAGUAAUUGUCAAAAAUAUAAUUACUGUGAAAAUGAUGGUGAAUGUUUUCAGAACAAUGAAACAUGUCCAACCAAAUUUACAUGUGUAUGUCAAGCUUGUCAUUAUGGUAAUAAAUGUCAAUUUUCAACAGAAGGUUUUCUGUUUUCACUUGAUUCCAUUCUUGGAUAUCAUAUUAAACCAAAUGUUUCACUUAAUCAACAACCAUUAAUUAUCAAAAUAAGUAUUACUAUCAGUACAUUGAUGUUCAUUUCAGGAAUAAUUAGUGGAUCAUUAUCGAUUGUAACAUUUCGAAGAAAAAAAUUAAGACAAAUUGGUACUGGUAAUUAUCUUUUAAUUUCAUCUUCAAUGUCUAUAUUUAUAAUAAUUAUAUUAACAGUUAAAUUUUGGUUAUUAAUCUUUUCACAAAUGUCUUUGAUCAAUAAUCGAGCUUUACUUAAAUUUAAUUGUAUUUCAUUAGAUUUUAUUCUUAAAGUUUUAUUAGCAUCAAGUGAAUGGUUGAAUGCUUGUGUAGCUUUUGAAAGAAUGAUUAGUGUUAUUAAAGGUACUGCUUUUCGAAGAAAACUAAGUAAAGAUAUAUCGAAACGGAUUAUUAUUGGUGUAUUUAUUCUAACAAUACUUACACAUAUUCAUGAUCCAAUUCAUCGUGAAUUGAUCGAUGAUUUCGAUAUAGAUGAACACCGAAUUUGGUGUUUUGUUCGAUAUUCAUCUUCGGUUAAUAUCUAUAAUUCAUUUAUUACUCUUUUUCAUUUUCUUAUUCCUUUUUCAAUCAAUAUUAUUUCUGCUCUUUGGAUGAUUAUAUCAUUAGCUUCUACUCGUACUAAUGUACAACGUGAUCGAUCAUUUCAACAACAUUUACAACAGCAAGUAAAAGAACAUCGACAUCUAUUAUAUGCACCAUGUCUAUUAAUAUUAUUAAGUCUAUCACGAUUGGUCAUUUCAUUUAUUAGUGGAUGUAUGCGAUCACCACGUGAACCGUGGAUGUAUCUUAUCGGCUUUUUUCUUUCGUUUAUUCCAUCAAUGUUGACAUUUAUCGUUUUUGUAUUACCAUCAACAACCUAUAAAAAAGAAUUCACUAAGAUGGUUCGCGAAACAGUUGUAAGAUGUCGAACGAUCCUUGAACCUACUGAAUAUUAA